AUGGUUGAUAAAAGUUCAAUUACUCGCGAAUCGAGUAAACUCGAUUCGCCUGAUUUAAAUUGGACUAACAUGAUUCCAGAAUGUCCAAUAUAUCAUCCAUCAGAACAAGAAUUUGAGCAUCCUUUGGUUUAUUUACAGAAAAUUGCUCCUGAGGCUUCUAAAUAUGGUAUAUGUAAAAUUGUUUCUCCAAUUACUGCUACUAAUCAUGCUGAUUAUGUCUUAAUGAAAGAGAAAAAGGAUUUUAAGUUUGAAACAAUUGUACAGCCUCUUCGCCUUUCGAAAGGGAAUGAGAAGGAUUUGAUAACUUUUUCUAAGAGAGGAAGAAAAUAUACAUAUCAUGAAUUUAAAGCUAUGGCAAACAAGGCGUUUUCGAAUAAAUUUUGCAGUUCAGAAGGUCUUUCUUCUUCGGAUAUCGAAAAAGCGUUCUGGCACGAAAUGAUACAUGGAGAGAAAGGUGCAGUAGAAUAUGGAGUCAACAUUGAGGGAAGUGUAUUUUCAUGUGAUCCUGAUGAUAAACUUGGAACAAGCAAAUUCAAUUUGAAGAAUUUAGCGCGACUGCCGCAGUCUACGUUGCGUUUAGUUGACAGGGGAAUUCCAGGAAUAACUGAUCCUAUGCUUUACAUUGGAAUGCUGUUUAGUAUGUUUGCAUGGCAUGUAGAAGAUCACUAUUUGUACAGCAUAAAUUAUCAUCAUUCUGGUGCAAAUAAAACUUGGUACGGUGUGCCUAGCUAUGCAGCCUCUCAAUUUGAAAAGACUGUGUUGAAUCAUGUGUAUUGCAACAAAGCCUUGAAAGAACAUGGAGAGAAUGGUGCAUUUCAAUUUCUUGCACAAAAAACAAGCAUGUUCCCUCCUAAUGUCUUGUUACAACAAGAUGUGCCGGUUUACAAGGCUGUGCAGAAGCCGGGAGAGUUUGUCAUCACCUUUCCUAGAUCAUAUCAUGCCGGAUUUAGUCAUGGUUUUAAUUGUGGAGAAGCAGUAAACUUUGCUAUUGGUGAUUGGUUUCCGCUCGGGGCUGCAGCUAGCAAACGUUAUGCAUAUCUCAGAAUGCUACCUAUAAUUCCAUAUGAGGAACUUCUUUGUAAAGAGGCAAUGCUGAUAUAUAAGUCUUCAAAAGUCAUAAGUUUCAAGAACAAACCUGAAGACAAAGCAUCUUAUCAUGCAAUCGUACAAUCUUUCUUGCAGCUUAUGCAAUUUUAUAAGACAUUGCUAUCGCGGUUGAACAGUUCAAGAAAUUUAACAACCUCUUCAAAUACAUUAGGUUCUGUAACAUGCAGCAUCUGCUAUAGGGAUUGCUAUGUAGCUUACUUGUUGUGCAAGCAAUGUUAUUCCAAUCCAAUUUGCCUUUUCCAUGACAUUGUGCCGCAAACUUGCUUAUGUGGGAGAAAAUACACCGUUUUUAAGAGGAAUGACUUGUUGGAACUCGAACAUGCUGCCAAAAGUUUUCAGCAGAACGAUAAUUGGCAUGAAGGAAAAAGUGCUGGAACUUUUAUCUCUAUAGGGGCAGCGUCUAAACUGCAAAGAAGAGUUGCGGACAACAUCAAGCACAAUGUUGAAAAGAAGACAAAGAAUUAUCGUAGAAACAAUCCGCCUCCUUCUGGGAUGAGUAACAAAAGACCACGAAUCCUUUAUAACUCGAGAAAACAUGACUCAAAAUUGAUCAUAAAAGUUCCUGCAAUAUCUUCUCUUUCGGCGACAUCUGAAAAAUCAAAGUAA